AUGGACGCAGGGACUGUACGGACGACGAUUGAGACGCCAUUGCAGGAGUUGGGAGUUCUCCUGACGUCAGAUCAGAACCAGAAAGCAGAAAUCUUUGAGCUGAACAAUGGGACCAUGCGUGUCUUCAUCACUAACUAUGGCUGCACCAUCACCUCCUUAUCUGUUCCUGGAAAAGAUGGAAAAUUGGCUGAUGUUGUUCUUGGAUUCGACUCAGUUGACCCGUAUAUGCAAGGGCUUGCUCCUUAUUUUGGCUGCAUUGUGGGUCGGGUCGCAAAUAGAAUCAAAGAUGGAAAAUUUACACUCAACGGAACUGACUACUCUUUGCCUGUCAACAGACCUCCGAACAGUCUCCAUGGUGGUCACAAGGGAUAUGAUAAGCAGAUAUGGGAGGUAGCUGAACAUAAAAAAGGCGAUAAUGGAUCCAUCACUUUUAAGUAUCAUAGUCGUGAUGGGGAGGAAGGUUACCCAGGUAAUCUUUCUUUGACUGCAACUUAUACGCUUACUUCAACCACAUCAAUGAGACUUGACAUGGAAGCAGUACCUGAGAACAAGCCCACCCCAGUCAGUUUAGCUCAGCACACCUACUGGAACUUAGCUGGCCAUAACUCGGGGAACAUACUCGACCAUGCAAUUCAAAUCUGGGCAAACCAUGUUACCCCUGUGGAUGAAAACACAGUCCCAACAGGUGAAAUCAAGCCAGUUAAAGGCACACCCUUUGAUUUCACCGCUCAGAAGAGGAUCGGUGAGUCCAUCCAUGAGGUCGGUAUAGGGUAUGACCACAACUAUGUGCUGGACUGUGGGGAAGAGAAAGAAGGCCUGAAACAUGCUGCAAGAGUGAGGGACCCAUCCAGCUCAAGGGUCCUUAACCUAUGGAGCAAUGCCCCUGGGAUGCAGUUUUACACUGCAAAUUAUGUCAAUGGGGUUGUUGGCAAAGGAGGCGCUGUCUAUGGAAAGCAUGCCGGGCUCUGUUUGGAGACACAGGGGUUCCCAAAUGCAAUAAACACACCAAACUUCCCGUCCAUUGUGGUUCAACCUGGUGAGAAGUACAGACACAGCAUGUUGUUUGAGUUUUCAGUUGAAUAA